CCACACGAACACGAAGCGAGCUUCGCUGUCCUAAUCAUAGCAGCUGGGAGCACUUUACCACGUGAUGUGAGGGAUGUUAGAGAGCAGCCAUCAUUAUUUCACCUAAUUCAUGUCCAGUCCGAAAUGGUAAAAGAUAAGACGACGGGGAAACAGAAAACUGCGAUGUAGUAGGUCAGAACUCUGAAGCUUUAACCGGUCUCACCCACGCUGUCGUUUCACUGCUUCAGAGCUUGACAAGGCUUCAGACAACACAUGAUCUGAUCUCUGCAUCUACUGACACAGCACAAACCUGCUACUUAUGCUGCUUGGAGCAUUGUGGAGGAGACAGUCUGAGACUGAUUACUCCCCCCAUUAGUCUUUAAGGAGGGGGGAGGAGGAGGAGAAAGGAGGAGCUGCUAUAACCAUCUGGAGCAUGGGGCAAAAAGUUCCUGGUGGCAUUAAAACCAUUGAUAUGCGGGAUCCUGCAUUCAGUCCCCUGAAGCUGGAGCUACAGGCCCUCAGUCACACUAAGCCAUCUCGACUGGAUCUGCUGUUGGACAUGCCACCUGCCAGCCUGGACAUUCAGGUCCAGCACUCAUGGAACAAUGAUGACCGUUCACUGAACAUUUUCGUCAAGGACGACAACAAGCUGGUGUUUCACAGGCACCCUGUGGCACAGAGCACUGACGCCAUCCGGGGUCGUGUUGGCUACACAAGGGGAUUGCAUGUGUGGGAGAUCAGUUGGGCCAUGCGUCAGAGGGGCACACACGCUGUGGUCGGAGUGGCUACAAGUGAAGCCCCACUACACUCAGUGGGCUACACAGCUUUGGUAGGAAGCAACGCCGAGUCCUGGGGCUGGGACCUGUGUAGAAGUAAACUCUACCAUGAUGGCAAGAAUCAUGCUGGAAAAACCUACCCAGCCUUUCUCGAGCCAGACGAUACCUUCAUAAUACCAGACUCCCUCUUAGUAGUCUUGGACAUGGACGAGGGGACUUUGGGUUACAUAGUGGAUGGACAUUAUCUAGGGGUGGCAUUCAGGGGACUUAAGGGCAGGAAGCUGUACCCAGUGGUGAGUGCCGUAUGGGGACACUGUGAAAUACGAAUCCGGUACAUAAAUGGACUCGAUCCUGAGCCGCUCUCUCUGAUGGACCUGUGUAGGCGUUCAGUGAGGACGGCAUUAGGAAGAGACCGUCUGAGUGAAAUCCACAGACUGCCCCUGCCAGCCUCUCUUAAGAACUACCUGCUCUACCAAUAACCGAGCAGUCACAACAUGCAGUACGCCCUCAUCUCUCUCUCAUGCUUCUCUGUGAUCCUUCUAGUUUUGAAUCUGAUUGGUGGCAUUGCCCAAACCUCUAGGAUUGUGCCAGCCUCAUGGAUGAUUCAACAAGUAUGCUUGGCUGGACUUUUGACUUUAUCCUGUUUUUUUUAAGACUCUUUGCAAUUGUAUUCUCUAACUUUAUAAAAUCAGGAAUCACUGAGCACUAUGCACAUGCUGAUCCAGAUUGAUGUGACAUUUGUGAUCAGUAUUUCUGCUGUGACUUCCAGGCUUUACAAUUAUGAAUUUCUGUCUUGUAGCCUUUUAAAUUUAAGUGCUAUUGUGUGAUAGACAUUGAAUUUUAUGAGUGCAUUCCCAGUAUUGACCAAAAGGUGGCAGCACAUACACAACUUCUACACCCUCUCAAACUGAUAAUUGUAACAUGGAAUUGCUUUUAGAAAAUGUAUUUUUAAAAUGGUAUAAUAAAUAAAAGUUGCUGUUCCCAACACAAUGGAGAUACUGACCACUCCAUAGUGAGUCUGUAGUGCAGUGUGGAUGAAUACUCUGUGAGGCAACGAAAGAGCAGCUCAGACCACUCGCUGCACUAUCAGGUUUCUCUGCAAUAUGGAAGUGCCCUGUUGCUUACCAUCAGGCAUCUAACAGGAAAAUCUUCAGCAGAAAUUGUAAGAAGCAUAAUAACACUGUGAUUAUUUGUAGCAUGCAUCUGCAGGAAUUUUGUCUCGGUACAUUUGUGUUUGUUUUGUCACUCCUGGUUUUUGUAGUGCAGUAGUUUUGUAGUGAGGCCCAAGAGUGCUGUUUUUAUUUUUAAUUUAACCAGUGUGUUGUCAGCUGAUUUCAAUGACAUAUUAAACCAUAGAAGGGAAUCCAACUAGUGUAGCACCUGUACUGUCAUAAUUGGUUGGAAUGAAGACAUGCUACUUUUGAGUCUCACUGGCACAUAGGCCAUUGAUGUAGUGUUUGUUUUAUGACAUUAGGGUGGGGUGG